CCCUCUCCAGGCGCUCCCCGGCGGGCGCCGAGUUCCCGCGGACGCUUCGGCAGGACGCGCGGCGCCGAGAUGCAGGCGAUGGACCUGCGCACCCGGCGGCCCCCGCGCAGCCCCGCGGCGAGUGUCGGACGCGUCCGCCCGGGCCCCGCAGGCAGCAGUUCGUGUCCACAGCUCACUGUCGAGCCCCCGUGCCUGAGAGGCGGCAUCCCUGCUCUCGUUAACCGGAAUGCAGCGGGGCAGCAGGCUCAGAGGCUAAAUGGAAACCCACCAGCAAGACUCCCCGCGGCGAGCCCAAAGCCACAAGUGCCUCCAAAGCCUUUGCACCUGCAGAGUCCUCUCCGCUCUGCGCGCACAGCCCCGCCCAGAGCCGCGCCCGGCAUGGAGCAGCUGCGGCCCAGCCCGGUCCGCGUGCCGCAGGACAAGCCCAGCAAGGUGUCGGAUCUCAUCAGCCACUUCGAGGGCGGCAGCUCAUUGUCGAGUUACAGUGACGUGAGGAAGGACUCGGCGGUGACGCUCAGCUCCCCCAGGACUCCGGGCAGGCGGGGGGUGAUAGCACCCCCACACAAGGCCCCCGUCCAGUUCCCGCCUCCUAAGCAGGGACAUGACGUGGAGCCCGCGGCGGCGGCACAGACUUGCAUGGCCAAUGGGGUGAUGGCGGCGCCCGGCCCAGCGCAGUGGGAGGUGCAGAGGACUGCCCUGCCCUGCCCCGCGGUGCCGGGCCCGGGGGCUGAAGCCUUGGCCCGGGGGAACGUGAUGAACGGAGAGAGGGGACAGAUGGCGGCCAGUCCCGUGUCCCCCAAGGUCCACGAGGACACUGGUGCUUUCCGCGGAGACCCAGGGCUGCCCCCCAAGAAGGAGGCCUGUGCGGAGCCCCAGACAGGGAGACCCCAGGGGGAGAGCCCAGUGCAGCCAAGCAAGCAGAACCAGCAGGACCAGCAGAACCAGCAGGACCAGCAGGACCAGCAGAACCAGCAUAACCAGCAUAACCAGCCCGACCAGCUGGACCAGCAGAACCAACAGAACCAGCCCGACCAGCUAGACCAGCAGGACCAACAGGAGGAGAAGGAGGAGGAGGAAGAAGAGCAGCAGCAGCAGCAGCAGCAGCAGCAGCAGCAGCAGCAGCUAGAACCCCGGGACCAGCAGAACCAGCAGAACCAGCAGGACCAGCAGGACCAGCCCCACCAGCCUGAGCAGCCCCUAGAGCUGAAGGAGACGGAUGAGCAAAAGCUUCACAAGAUAGCCACCGAACUUCUGCUCACCGAGAGAGCUUAUGUCAGCCGACUCAACCUCCUGGACCAGGUAUUUUACUGCAGACUGUUGGAUGAAGCAAACCGAGGCUCGUUUCCCGUCGAGGUGGUGAAUAAAAUCUUCUCUAAUAUCUCGUCCAUCAAUGCCUUCCACAGUAAAUUCCUCCUUCCUGAACUGGAGAAGCGAAUGCAGGAGUGGGAGACCACCCCGAGAAUCGGCGACAUCCUGCAGAAGCUGGCGCCCUUCCUGAAGAUGUACGGGGAGUACGUGAAGGGCUUCGACCACGCCACAGAGCUGGUCAAGAGCACGAUGGAGCGCAGCCCCCAGUUCAAGGCGGUGGUGGACGACAUCCAGAGCCAGAAGGUGUGCGGGAGCCUGAGUCUGCAGCACCACAUGCUGGAGCCCGUGCAGCGCGUGCCCCGCUACGAGCUGCUCCUGAAGGACUACCUGCGCAAGCUGCCUCCCGACGCCCCCGACUGGGCCGACGCCAAGAAGUCGCUGGAGAUCAUCUCCACGGCAGCGAGUCACUCCAACAGUGCCAUCCGGAAGAUGGAGAAGCUGAAGAAGCUGAUGGAGGUGUACGAGAUGCUGGGCGAGGAAGAGGACAUCGUGAACCCCACCAACGAGCUCAUCAAGGAGGGGCAGAUCCUCAAACUGGCGGCGCGGAACACGUCCGCUCAGGAGCGCCACCUCUUCCUGUUCAACAACAUGCUUCUCUACUGCGUGCCCAAGUUCACCCUGGUGGGCUCCAAGUUCACCGUGCGGACGCGGGUGGGCGUCGACGGCAUGACCGUGGUGGAGACGCACAAUGAGGAGUACCCACACACCUUCCAGGUGUCCGGCAAGGAGAGGACCCUGGAGCUGCAGGCCAGCUCCGAGCAGGACAAAGAGGAGUGGAUCAAGGCCCUGCAGGAGACCAUCGACACUUUCCAGCAGAGGCACGAGACCUUCCGGAGUGCCAUCGCCAAGGACAGUGACGGCCCCACCGAGGUCUCGCACGCCGAGCUGGGGAAGAGAGCCCCACGCUGGAUCCGCGACAACGAGGUCACCAUGUGCAUGAAGUGCCGGGAACCUUUCAACGCACUCACGCGGCGCAGGCACCACUGCCGGGCGUGUGGACACGUGGUCUGCUGGCGGUGCUCAGACUACAAGGCGCAGCUGGAGUACGACGGCGGGAAGCUCAGCAAGGUCUGCCGGGACUGCUUCCUGCUCAUCAGCGGCUGCUCGGACGGCGAGGGCAGGAAGAGGAGAGGCAUCCUGGAGAUCGAGUCUGCGGAAGUCUCCGGAAACAGCGUGGUGUGCAGCUUCCUGCAGUACAUGGAGAAGUCGAAGCCGUGGCAGAAAGCGUGGUGUGUGAUCCCCAAGCAGGACCCCCUGGUGCUGUACAUGUACGGCGCCCCCCAGGAUGUGAGGGCCCAGGCCACCAUCCCACUGCUGGGCUACAUGGUCGCCAACCUGCCGGGCUGCGCCGACCUGCCACACGCCUUCAAGCUGACGCAGUCCAAGUCCGUGCACAGCUUUGCCGCGGACAGCGAGGAGCUGAAGCAGAGGUGGCUGCAGGUCAUUGCCCUGGCGGUCCGUGGGGAGAUGCCGGAGGGGCCGGGCGAGCAGCCGGAUGCCGGGGAGGAGCCGCCCGAGCCGCGCCAGAGACCGGAAUGCUGAGCCCCAACACGGCCGGGCCCCCUCGCCUCCGAGCACUUUACAUUGGAAGCACAGAUCCCGGGUCGGUCCGUGGGGCCUGCGCUGGGCCAGGGUGAGCACCAGGGAGGGAGCCUGGCGCGGGGCGCAGGCGCUCCACCGGCCGUCGCGCCUUGGGCGGUGCGGGGCUCCGAGACCCGGUGCUGACGCAGGCGCCGUCCACCCUCCCAGGCGAGGCGGAGGGUGAGGGUGGGCUGUGUCAGGUCUGCGCCAGGAGGCGAUGCUUGUUGUCACAGGAAGCCUGAGCUGCCUGGGCAUAGAGCGAUUGCGUGUACGUUGUAUCACAUAUAAAUAUAUGUACAGACUCUCCGUGCUCCCCAGCGCUAGGUUCCUAUCUGCCUCUAAUUUAUUUUCAAAUACAAAGCAUGAUUACCUUGGA